AUGAACUGCCAAGAGAAUGAAUAUUUGGAUGAGCACAGGAAAUGCGUCCCGUGUAGGACCUGUAUGCCUGGGCAGGAGCUUUCCAAGGAUUGUGGUGAUGGUGGCGGGGGCGAUGCGCAGUGCGUUGCUUGCCCUCCCAGGAAGUUUAAGGACAGCUGGGGACAUCAUGGCUGCAAACCCUGCCUGUCUUGCACCCUCAUCAACCGUGUCCAGAAAUCCAACUGCACAGCGACUGCCAAUGCCGUGUGCGGGGAAUGCCUGCCGGGGUUCUACCGAAAGGCCCGGAUCAGUGGGCAGCUCGACUGGGAGUGCAUCCCUUGCACCAAGCAGACGCCCUCCUCGGAGCCGCAGUGUCGGUCCAGAAUAAACCUGGUGAAGGUAGCUGUCCCCACUGUACCACCACAAGACACAGCCCUUCUUGCACUGACCAGCAGUGCCCUGGUCAUCAUUGUGCUGGUACUUCUGGCACUCUCCAUCAUCUACUGCAAACGGUUUUGGAAGAGCCAGUGUCAGCGAGUCUUCCUAAGGACGCAGAAUUUCUCGAGCCAGCGAGCGAUGUUCCCCGGCUCGGCUGUGCCCGGCAGAUUUCUGUGCGAAGAACAGAUGUCUGGUCCCUGCUGCCUGGGCGUGAAGAACCUGAGCCCCUGCUACAGGCAGGCAGAAGGCCCAGUGGAAGCAGUUCAGUUCGUUUCAGAUGGAGAGGCCAUUGGUCUCCAACUGCCCGCUCUGCAGCCAGAGCUGGAAUUGACUCAGGUGACGGCCAUCGGCCCUGCUCCCAAGGCCCAGCUGGUGAGGAGCGUCCUGGAGACCCAGCCCCUGAUCCGGAACUCGGGCUGCAGCGACUGCUUGGGAGGGGCCUUGCCACCCACCGAGGUCCGGCAGGGCCCGGCCAGGGUGGCGGAGGCCCUGGCCCCUCUCUCGUCGUGUGCCUCGGAGAUGCAGCACAAAUGGCCCCACGCCCCAGUGGAGUGUACGGAGCUCGACCUGCAGAAGUUCUCCACCCAGAUGGACUUCGUGGGCAAUGAGAGAUCGGAGGAUGCAGUGAGCCGGGUGACUCGGAGAAUCCCAAAGGAGAACAACAGUGGAGCAUGUGAAGCAAGGAACGGGUUCGUGGAUCCAAGAAGAGUCCUGUCCUCAGCCUUCCUGAGCCCGACUGCCGAAAGAGGGGAGCAGCCGGUGAAUGAUGCCCAGAGCCUUGUGACUCAGAUCAGCAGCACUACCAAGGGUCUUCCAGUAGCAGAGCUGCCCCAUUCUUUGGUGCAGUCACUUGCCUUCUUGCUAGACCCUUCCUUGAAUGGGGUGAAGAAUUUCAGCCACGUGGCCCUGGAGCUGGGAGUCACCCCCCAGCUGUUGGGAAGGAUAUCUGGAUUUGAGCAACUCGUCACCCACUUCACCUACUCCGGCGACACUGUCACCAUUCCUGUCCUGGCCCAAGCUCUGCAGCGGCUCCAGCGGUUCGAUGCCCUGCUCCUGCUCUGUGACCACUUUGCUCUCAGCCAGAUUCAGAGCCGCCAGUGCUAAGAGGAGAUAGGGAAGGGACAGAGGAAACUCCAGGCACCCUCUUUACUGGUAGAGGAGGGUCUUUGGUAAGACCGUGGUCACAUAAUCCCUUCAGUGUGCCUGUGGUGAUUAUGUGGAGAUGGUCUCCGCAUCAUGGGACAGAAGCACGUGAGCAGGAAUCUCCCUCUGAGAAGAGCA